CUUUAGUAAUUUGGCCCCAAAUUGUUUCUGUAAUUUGUGGGUGGCCACCAGAAUGCUUCCAAAAUUUCUGAAAGCAACAGAUAAGUUGCGGACGUUUCGAAGCCACACAAGCAUGGCGAGGAAGAACUCCAAAGUCCAGGCUCUCUACGAGCUCUGCCAAACGAUCUUCACGCCGUCAGGGUCUCCUCCGCCUUCUCCUCCGGCUAUCGAUAAGCUCUGUUCUGUCCUUGACACUAUAUCUCCUGCUGAUGUUGGGCAAGAGGAAAAUCUGGAUGACGAUCGAGGGCUUGGUUUUGGACUUGACCAACUAAAUAGAGUUUCUCGAUGGGCUCAACCCAUAACAUACUUGGAUAUGUACGAAGGUGAUAGUUUUACGAUGUGUAUAUUCCGUUUUCCUACUUCCUCAGUCAUUCCGCUUCAUGACCAUCCUGGGAUGACUGUUUUUAGCAAAAUUCUCUAUGGCUCUUUGCAUGUGAGAUCUUAUGAUUGGGUCGAGCCUGCCCAGGUGAUCAAGGGACCAAAUUACUUUCCAGUAAGAUUGGCGAAGCUGGCAGUGGACAAGGUUUUAACGGCACCAUGUGCAACAUCAGUUUUGUAUCCAAGGAGCGGGGGGAAUCUGCAUAAUUUCACGGCAGUCACUUCUUGUGCUGUUCUUGACAUUCUCACACCUCCUUACAGAGAAGAUGCAGGCAGAAAAUGUACCUACUACCGUGAUUAUCCAUAUACCGUGUUUGCUACAGAAAACAAAAUUAAAAUAGAGGACGGCGAAGAAGAGGAGUAUGCAUGGCUUGCCGAGACAGAACCAGAUAAUCUUUACAUGCGCUCGGGAAAUUACACAGGGCCAUCUAUUCAGGUUUAACCUUCAUCACUAUCGUUAGGGACGAUCGCUAAAUGAGCCUUAUUGUGUGUGGUUUGGCUUCAGCACCGUAGAGAAAGCAUACCAUUGCGGUUGACGACAGAAAGCCAACGAGGUACCUAAGGCGCCAAGAAGCGAACUGAGAAAAAGGCUUCUUGCUAGACGAUGAUAUCAAGUUUAUCGAGUCAAGACAUCCCAUGUCGGUCGCCCUCCUUGUUUGUAUUGGCCUUCAUUAGCAAACUCAGCAAAGUUGUGAUUGUGAUGAAUGCAUCCAAGGAUUUGUUAUGAUAGUAGUGAUUAGUGAA